CAGUCCGGUCGUUGCGCGUCUCCUGAGCAGACAUCAGACCGUCGCCUCGGUUCUCCGGUGUUUAUUCGUGAGAAGCGGCUCAUGAUGCGAGGUUUAUCCGUUCUUCAGCUGCUGCUCGUGACGCUGAGCGCGAGAGAAGCGCGGGAGAUCGGUGGCGGGAAUUUCCUGGAAGACGAGCAGCAGUGGCUCUCAACGGUCCACCGCUACAGCCGCACCGUCAAACACUGGAACCGCUUCAGAGACGAAGUGGAGGAUGACUACAUCCGUACACUGGAAGGUCCACAGGCUUCGGAUGAAAGUCUGGACACCACGAAGGAUCCGUGUCAGAAGGUGAAGUGCAGUCGUCAUAAAGUGUGUGUGGCUCAGGGAUAUCAGAGAGCGAUGUGUGUGAACCGCAAGAAACUCCAGCACAGAAUCAGAGAGUCUGGACUGAAGCCUCACGCUAACAACUGUAAACCCUGUUCAGAGACGCCCUCGAUGCCUGUGUGUGGAUCAGACGGACACAACUACGCCUCACAGUGUAAGCUGGAGCAGCAGGCGUGUUUGUCGGGGAAGGAUCUGUCCGUUCUGUGUUCUGGUUCAUGUCCUUGUAUCAGUCCUGGACCUCCUAAAGCAGAACCCAAGAUCAAGACGAAUCCAGAGAUGUCACCCGAACCCAAACCAGAGCUCUGCACCGGUCAGGAUUUAGCAGAUUUGGGCGACAGACUCCGAGACUGGUUUCAGCUUCUCCACGGAACUGCAAAACAGAACAACUCUGGAAGACAAAGCACAGCGUCAGUGUUUGACCGGGGGCUCGUGGCCGGCUGUAAGGACUCCAUCGGCUGGAUGUUCUCCAAGCUGGACACCAGUAACGACCUGUUCCUGGAUCAGUCCGAGCUGGCCGCCGUAAACCUGGAGAAGUAUGAAGUGUGCAUCAGGCCCUUCUUCAACUCGUGCGACUCGUACCGCGACGGGAAGGUUUCCACGGCAGAGUGGUGCCUGUGCUUCUGGAGAGAGAAACCUCCAUGUUUGGCUGAAAUCGAGAGGAUUCAGAUGCAAGAGCCGUCUAAGAGGAAACCGGGCAUGUACAUCCCCAGCUGUGAUGAGGACGGUUAUUACCGGAAGCUGCAGUGUGACCGCAGCCGUGGCCAGUGUUGGUGUGUCGACCCUCACGGAGCCGAGGCCCCGGGGUCCCGGAUCCACGGAAACCCUGACUGCGACGAGCUGCUGAGCUCCGGAGACUUCAGCAGCGGCGUCGGCUGGGAGGACGAGGAGGAGAAAGACACGGAUGAGAACGCAGAGGAAGAGGAUGAGGAAGAGGAGUCUGACGAAGGCGGAUACAUCUGGUAAAACAGCUUCAGUGUCUGCGGUCCGGUGCACUGAAAAACCACCGGAUUUACUUCUGCUUCCUGAAGCAUUCCACCAGCGCUUGAGUUUGCAUUUCAGUGUUUUUCAUUUCUGUCAUCGCUUUAACGGAUGCAAGAUUCAGAUGCAAGAAAGACUCAAACUCUGCGACACGGCAAACAUGAGAGCCUAGAGUUUGAUGCAUCAUCAUUAACAGGGUAUUACGGUUUAUUUGAGGGGAUUUAUGCAACAGAACUUGGUUUCUAAACCUCUGGAGAUCAGGUUUACACUCACUGUACAGACCUUCAUCUGUGUGAACGCGACUAUAAUCAUGAGUUUCAGCUUCUGUCUCUCUAAAAAUCAUGUUUUUUAUGCUCUUAUGCACUAAAAAUGAUAAACAUAAUGCAUAUUCCCUACAUUAAGGCUGGUUACUGACAUUUCAGAUAUGCUCAUAUGCACAUUUAUGAUGUUUGCUCUCUGGAGCAGCUAAAAAAGUCUCAAAAUUCAUUC